UUUCACCAUCGGCAAAGGGAAAAAUAACGGUGCUCAUUUUACUUUAGGAAAAGAAACCCUUGUGAGACGGCACAUUGUAGGUACGAAACAUUUGUAAAUUGUCAUUUUUCCUUUAGAAAACAUCAAGGAUGGUGAGUAGGAAAAACAGCACACAAUCUGAGGACCGUGAGUGGGAGCCAGAACAGCAGCCGUAGCGGGAAGGGCAAAGUCACUGUCUACGAUGGAUGAGAAGCUCUGGGAAGCAAGAACGUCGGUUGAAAGUCUGCUGGGUGCUAUCGAACAACCUCACUUUAAACUUAGAGUGUGCGCAUGGCAGGCAGCUGCGUUACUGCAGCUUUCCUGUUCUCUGUGUCUGCCAAAGCUGCAGCCCCCCCCCCAAGCCCCCCAGCGUGGAGAAGCUGCAAGGAGGCUGGGGGGACCUGCAGCCCAUCUACAGAUCUGCAUGCGCCACAGGUGGCACUUUUGCUAAUUAUGGAAUACAUUUCCCCCAAUUUUUUCUGUUUUUGAUUUUUCAUGAGACAGAGUCUCACCAAGUAGUGCAGGCUGGCCUCAAACGCGUGGCAAUCCUCCCAGCCUCGAGAGCUCUGGAAUUACAGGAGCCCACCAGCCCUGAAUUUCAGACUACUAAGGUUAGCAACUGGACACUGAAGUCCCAGGAGCCUUCCUAGAGACACAGCAGCGAGUGUACGGAGAUGUACGUGGAAAGUGCGCAAUGAUUUGAUCGAUGCUGGUAGACAAGAGGAUGGAAUUCACUUUCACAGCACACAGCAGGUAGCUGAUAAUGUAAAGGAAAAUAAUCUUAUUAAAAGAACGACAAUUGCAUCACUUUAUAGGCCAGCUUACUUAACAGCAUAGUAGUAAAAAAAUGAAAAAAGUAUGCGAGGAUUUAAUUCACACGUCUGCUGGAAUCUAUUAGUCUUGUUCCUUCGUUGCUCUAAAUCAUUUAAUCAAGCAGACGCUGCACAGUAAAUGGUGUAACAGUUGGCACGCACGAGGCCCUGGGUUCAAGCCCCAGCUCUGAAGGAGGAAACAUUAAGGUAAUGGAGAUCCAGCCUCCGCCAAAGAGUCUAGCCCACCUGCGCAUGAUUCGCUGUCUCUGGAAGCCAGUUUUUCAGCUUCACUUCCUCAUUUUUUUCUUUUCUGAUUCAUUUCCUCCUCCUUUUGCGUCCUGGUGUUUAGAGGGGAGGUGAGGCUGCUCCUCUCGCAAAUCAUCUCCUGCAUCCAUCUGCGCAGCCAGAGGCCUCUUCCUCUGAGCAUGCCGCCGCCGCUGCCGCCGCCGCGCGUCCCUGACCAGCUGGUUUCCAGGAUCACCCCCAGAAGGAGCCGUGUGGGCGUAGCCUUCUUCACCCCGGCCUGUGGUCAGCAUGGCUGCAGACCCACGCUUUGCGGCAGCUCUGGACUGGCUGUGCGUCCACCAUCGGGGUGUGCAAGGGUCAGGGACAGGAUGCGAAGCCCUGGCGGGGUCCUGGGGAACAGCAGGAGAGGGGGAGCCGGCCUCCUCCUCCACCUCCCCCUGCUCUUUGCUCUGCCACUUCCUCCCUCCCCCAAAGAAGCAGUUGGCCUUGAAGGCGCCAUCCAGAGAGAGGGCUGAGGGGCCGCACUGUUAAGGGGAAAAAAAAGCAAGCCAAGAUGAGCUAUGUCUGCAUGGGUGGGGGGUGGAGGGCUCAGCAGCAAAGUUCAGCAAGGUUCUGCCUUUCGCGCUCUGCCGCCCCCGGCUUUCCUCCACGCCAAACUCCGGCCAGCCAGUCAUGACUCUCUCACUUCCUAAAAGAUAACUGCGGCUCCAGUCAUUUGCCCCAGAUGCCACCGGAAGUGGCAUCAUCUCCCCAGCCCGGGCACCACCCAGAGGUGAAUGCAGUCGCCCUGGAGCUGGCCUGGGGCUCUGCAGCCGAGGGGCCUCUAUCUAGGGAAGAGAUCUCCAGCCAACUGAAAGACACAUUUUAAAACCUCCAGUUGCCUCAGUGAUGCUCCGGGGAUCCAUCUGGUGCGCCUGGAGGAGCGAAACCUGCCAGGCUACCAUGACCCACCUGCUGGCCUCCGAAGUACAGCAGCUGCUCCACAACAAGUUUGUGGUUGUCCUGGGGGACUCAGUGCAGAGGGCCGUGUACAAGGACCUGGUGCUCUUACUGCAGAAGGACUGCCUGCUCACCCCCAGCCAGCUCAGGGCCAAGGGGGAGAUGAGCUUUGAACAGGACACGCUGAUGGCCGGGGGCCAGAAGGGCACCAUGCACAACGGCACCCACUACCGGGAGGUGCGCCAGUUCUGCUCUGCCCACCACCUGGUGCGCUUCUACUUCCUCACCCGCGUGUACUCUGCCUACCUGGAGGAUGUGCUGCAGGAGCUGCAGGCUGGCGAGCACGCCCCCGACGUCGUCAUCGUGAACUCCUGCCUCUGGGACAUCUCCAGGUACGGCCCGAGCUCCUGGCAGCGCUACCUGCAGAACCUGGAGGCGCUGUUCAAGCGCCUGGGCCAGGUGCUGCCCGAGUCCUGCCUCCUGUUGUGGAGUACCGCCAUGCCGGUGGGCAAUACCGUCACGGCCAGCUUCCUGCCGCACAAGUCCUGGCCCUGGGAAGUGCCCCUGAAGCACUUGGUCAUCGAGGCCAACUUCUACAGCUCCACCAAGGCUGUCAGCUACGGCUUCGACGUGCUGGACUCCCACUUCCACUUCCGCCGCACCAUGGCGGGCCUGCACACGGACGGGGUGCACUGGAACGAGCACACUCACCGGCGGCUCUCCUGCCUGCUCCUGGCCCACGUGGCCGACGCCUGGGGCGUGGAGCUGCCCUCCAAGGCCCUGCCGGAACUUCCGGGCCCCGGGGAGCAGCCCGGCCCGGGCGUCACGCGGCGGCGCCCUACUGGCCAAGACCCGGGGGCCUCCCCUCUGUCCCCUCCCUGGCCCCAGCCCCUGCUGGGGUGCCCACCCCUGCCCUUGUCCCCCUUUGUGCCCCAGCCACCGCCAUUCAUGUUCCAGUCGCCUCCUCCCGUUCCUCCCUAUCAAACAACACCCCCAUUCCUACUCCAUCCCGAAGAUCCAUAUUUUUCCUCAGACCAUAUUUUCCAAUCGGAUCAAUUCUAUUUGCAUUCCGACACCCCCUCUUCUCCCCAGCCAGGAUUCGCCUUUGAAACGGACUUUAUGUUUGAUCCCCAGCCGCCCAUGUCUGGCUUCCCCUCACCCUCUUAUCAGCAGCGGUCCCCAGUGGUAUACAGAGGUUUCCCCAGGUGUCAAGUGGAGGGCCCCUAUACGCCCUGGAGAGGGCAGCACCCCUAUUCGCCCCGAAGAGGGCGGCCUCGACAAUCGAACAGACGCGCCCGAGUGAAGGUCACCACAGCCUGACCUCUGCCUUUUUCCUCGGGGACACCACUCUGGGGUCUGGCCGACUGUUGGCUGGGCUCUGAGCCCUCCAAGUUAGGCCCUUGGGCUAAGGCGGGAAGCCCUAGGAGCCUGCGCUGCUGCC